AAGGUCUUAAAGCAGUCAUUCAGCGGCCAGAAUUGGCAGUGAAGAAGAAACCUAAAAGAAAACAAAAAGUUAAAUGUAGGAAGAAGCUAGCAAACGCUACUUUAAGCACUCUGAAGCAUUCUAACAGGACUGAAUACACCAGUGAUACAUUAGAAUCUGAAAUCCAAGCAUCUAUGUUCCGCAUUUUGAAUGAAAAGUUAUACAACUGUUCUAGCACCGAUGCUUCACAAUACUUUUCAGAAGACCCGUUUGCUUUUGAGGUGUACCACAAGGGUUUUCAAAAACAGUUGAGUAAAUGGCCAUCCGAUCCACUAGAUUGGCCAGAAAAAAUAAUUAAGUCGGAUUUUAAAAAAUCUAUUGUUGCGGAUAUGGGUUGUGGGGAUGCUCGUCUUGCAUUACACCUGAAGGGGGUAGCCACCGUUCAUUCGUUUGAUUUAGUCGCCGUUAACGAGCGGGUUACCGUUUGCGAUAUGGCACACACGCCCCUGAAUAAUUCGUCAGUUGAUGUGGUUCUGUUUUGCCUCGCACUCAUGGGAACUAAUUGUCGUGAUUUUAUUUAUGAAGCUAAUCGAAUACUAAAGAUGAAUGGCACUCUCUUAAUUGUGGAAGUGGCUAGUCGUUUCGAUGCGUCAUUUAAGAGAUUCCUCAAGCUUCUUAAACCGUUUGGUUUUAAAGUAGAAAAGUGGGAGAUCACAGAAGAUUCCUAUUUUGCCCAUGGACGACUGUGCAAAGUGAAAGAUCUUUCAACGUGUUCGGAGAUGGAGGCGAUUAUAGGCCACGUUCGAGAGGGGAAUUUGGCGGAAACACGCUUGUGGCUAGAUAUGAGUGAGAAUGACGUUAAUCAGGGCGACGAACACCGAUUCAGUUUGCUUCACUGGGCAGCUCGUGAGGGCCGCCGUGCCAUCGUUGAACUGCUCAUUUCCCGAGGAGCCCGCGUGAAUGCCACCAAUCUGGGGGACGAUACUGCUCUCCACCUUGCAGCUGCUCACGGUCACUAUGAUGUUGUGUACUUUCUACUGACCAACUUCAGGUUGGCAUUGCUGAUAAAAUUCGGGGCGAGCUUGAUGCAAGAAAAUAAGUAUGGUUCAACCCCACUGGAGAUCGCACGUCCCCGGGCUGCGGCGAUGUUGGCACCAAUGGCGCAGAGCUAUGGCGCUGAUUUGGUUCGACGAAGGCCCUUCCGCGAUCAGAGCUGGAUUGGUACGAAGACUCGCGCAAGGGACGCAACCAUUUACAAAUUAGACGGAGACGCCUGGGACCCCCGAGACGUUGAACUUUCCGGUGCUCUUGCUGAUGGACACGGAGCCGAAGUUCUACGAGGGUUUUUUCGAAACAAAGAAGUUGUCGUGAAGAUGCUAAAGUUAAAACAUUACACAGACAGGCAGGCCCGAGAUUUCAAGGAGGAGUUCCCUCGCCUGCGCAUUUUUAAUCAUCCCAAUAUCUUGCCUGUCUUGGCUAUCUUCAAUGCCACACCUCGACUGUGUGUAAUUAGCGAGUUCAUGCCAUUCGGGACACUUUACAACCUACUUCACCCCCCUCCACCGGGACCUCAGCAGAUUCUUGACGAGAAUGCGCAUCCACACGAGCCUCCGGUGGUUUCUCUACGACAGGCACUUCGGUUUGCGUUGGAUAUCGCCAAGGCCAUGGAGUUUCUUCACACACCGGAACUGAAAGUGCCGAAUUUCAGACUGAACUCGCGUCAUGUUUUGAUUGAUGAAGAUAUCGCUAAGAUUGGAAACCCAGUGGACGAAGAUAUGCCUGAUGACGAAAUGCUGAUUGCCCGUCUGGAUAUGGCGGAUUACAAGUUUUCGUUUCAUGAGAAAGCUAGGGAGUACAACCCUGCUUGGAUGUCUCCUGAGGCCCUUCAGAAGAAACCACAGGAUAUUAACCUGCAGGCUUCGGACAUGUGGAGCUUCGGCGUUAUCUUAUGGGAGCUAAUCACCCGCAUGGAGCCAUUUGAGGGCCUCGACCCCAUGGUAAUUGGAAUGCAGGUGGCCACAGAAGGUCUUCGAUUACCUCGUCUUGCAAAUAUGGAUUCGCGGAUUGUGCGCUUGCUGGAUCUCUGCAUGAACGAGGAUCCCGGGAAACGACCGCAGUUCGACAUGCUCCUCCCGCUUCUCGAUAAGAUGCGCGAAAGAGCGGGCCAGCCAACGGCGGUGACCAGCUGA